AUGGCAGCAGGGGCGGUGUCAGCGCCGCUCAUCAUUCCAGUCAUCCAGCUGCAGAGCCACAGAGCCAAGAACCACAUCGACACCAGCACACCUGUCUGCCUCCAGUCAGACACUGCAGGUGUGCAGAUCUUCUACACGGUGGACGGGUCGCGGCCGGCGGCCGGCGGCAGGAAGUACAGCGGCCCCGUCCUGCUGCCUGCAGGUCGGGUGUCCGUCAGAGCUGUGGCCGUGACCAGCGACGGCCGGCAGAGCUCCGUGGUGACGAAGGCGUUCUCCGUGGAUCAGGCAGGUAGCAGGACGGAACAUGAGGUCCUGCAGGACGGGGCGCAGGGGUCAGGUGACCUGGGCAGCACGCCGGCGUCCCGCCUGCAGCGACAGACCGACUUCCUGCCGUGUACUCGGUGUCUGAGUCUCCGCCCGUCAGACCCGCUGGCUCGGUUCUGUGCUCAGUGCGGAGCCGUGGUUCCUCCGUUACCUGGCCAGAGGCUGCCCCCUGCUGAAGGAGGACAGAUGCUGCUGUGUGUGUUCUGCAACCGUCUGGUUCCCGCCAACACGCACAGCUGUUUGGUCUGUGAAGCUCCGAUCGACCAGCAGCUGCAACCGCAGGCCGGUCGCACACUGCAGGACCAUGUGUUGUGUGUUUGCUGUGGAAGUGGGAAUCCAGCUCACAUUUCCAGCUGUCUGACCUGUGAGACUCACCUGCAGCAGGCAGGCGUCGGCGGCUCCGCCCCCUCUGUCCCGGCAACAGACGGCCGCUCGGUGUCCUGCUCCAGGUGUAAACGGAUAAACCACAGUGACGCCAGAUACUGCGACUGGUGCGGCGCCAAACGCGCUCAUGCAGUCAGCUGUGUGAUGUGUUGGCGCUGUGGAGCGAGCGGACACCCCUACGCUUCCUACUGUGCAUCCUGUGGGGUCUUCCUGGAAGCACCGGCCCCGCCCACAUCACGCAACGACAUCACACCACCUGCUGGGGGCAGAGCCACCAGCCAGGCGACAACCCCGACUUCCCAUGGAUCCACCUGGCAGGCCACGCCCACACCUGCCCCCGCCCCCAGUGUGAAGAUAGCCCCGCCCACUUUGGAUCAGUCCACGCAGACUGUAGGACUCUAUUACCCAUCAGCCACUGAGCUGCACAAGAAGGAGCAGCAGAAGGCGGAGCAGCUCAGCAGAGAGCAGGCGAGCCGAGACCGCCGACCGCUGCAGACCGCCGUCAGCCCAGGCCGAGGCUACUGGAGGAAGCAGCUGGACCAUGUGUGUGCUCACCUGAGGAGUUACGUCCAGAACCACGCCCCCUUCAGAGCUCUGCUCGGUGAACCUCGCCUGGGCCAGAUGGUCUCCGCUGUGAUUCAGGAGGAUGGAUACGAGGUCAGUCUGACCGUCGGCUUCGCGUCAGCUGGCCGCCAAACAAAACAGGCGGGUCGUGGAGAGGACGGAGGUACACCAGCAGGUGGAGGAUUCAGACCGGCGCUUCGGCCUGAGAGUCUGAGCAGCGUGACGGAGCGACGCAGCGACGAGCUCAGUGAAGGACAGUCAGCUGAGUCAGUGGUGGAUGAUCAGAACCGGGGGGGAAGAUGGUUCUGGUUCUACGGGAUCAGAACCGAGAGGAGGAAGGUUCUGGUUCUACAGGGUCAGAACCAGGGGGAGGUGGACCAGGAAGCUGUGACGGACGGCGAUGAUGCGACUCCUCCUCAGGAUGAAGAACUCGGCUCUGGGCUCUGCAGGUGUGCUGCUCAGGUACCACUCACCUGGACCGGCCGUCCAAACCACGUGUACCCAUGCAGCAGCUCAUCUCUUGUUCCAGUGGAGGUUCUGCAGCUUCAGCAGAAUCAGCCCGAAGCCCGAACAUCUUGUUAA